CAAAACAGUUGAAAAACCCCAGACAUUAUUUUUUUUUUGGUUGUUGAUCCAGUGUGUGUUUAUCCUGUAUUUGCAGAAAACUGGACUGGAGCCACAGGAAUGAACGGUACGGAAGGUCCAAGCACGAUCGAUAUCCACGUAUCCGUCAGGGUUCUGCUGACCGUGCUCCCGUGCCUCUUUUUCUUGUACGUUAACAGCGUCAUGCUGUUCGCCCUGGUGAAAAAGCCCCUGCUUCUAGAGUCACCCCGUUACAUCCUGUUCGGGCAUUUGCUCUUCUCCGACUCCCUCCAGGUCCUACUGACCACCCUGCUCUACAUAUUCGCUCUGACCAUGGUCAGGAUCAUCACUUGCGCUUGCAUCUUCGUCAUCCAGUUCACGGCCAUCACCGUGAAGAUGUCCCCCAUCAACCUGGCCGUCAUGUCUCUGGAGAGGUUCGUCGCCAUUUGCUUCCCUCUGAGGCACGCCGCCAUUGCGACCUCCAGGGUGACGCGUGGCGCCAUCGCCGUCAUGUGGGCCGUGGCCUCUUUAGACUCCCUCACGCAGCUCUGUCUGUUUUUCAGCCUCGGCAACAGGAGCCUCACCGCUCGGCAGGUCUGCAGGAAAAAGACGGUGUUUCACCUGCAGGUUUACGUGAUUGUGAACCAGGUUUUCACAGUCGCGAACUUCGUCCUGGUUACCAUUAUUAUCAUCUACACUUACAUCGCGAUCUUGGUGGCCGUGAAGUGCAGCUCUUCCUGCGCGCGCAGGGCCAAAGUGGCGCAUCAAACCGUGAUCCUGCACGCGCUCCAGCUGUGCCUGUACCUCAUCUCCACCCUGUUUAACAUGAUCAACUCCAGCGACCUGAUUAACUUGGAUCCGGCUGUUGCUCUGUACGUCCAGCACGUGCUCUUUUUGGUGUUGAUCAUUUUCCCCAAGUUCUUGAGCCCGCUCUUAUACGGCCUCAAAGAUCAGACGUUCAAACACGUCUUCAAAUACUAUUUCACCUUCGGCUACAGAUCCUCAGUGGAGCCGUAUCCCAAGUCUUGAUCGCUAAUUGGGAAUAAAUCAUGCCUUAAUUUGCAUAGUGUGUGAAAAAGUGCUUUUGAAGUUUUUCUUGGAUAAACGAGAGAAAAAUUAAGUAUUUUUGCUGAAGUUAAAACGAGUUGAACAAAAAAAAAAAAAAAACUAACAAGAAAUAGGUUGAAGCUGCAUGUUUGCAUACAUUGUAUAACUUGUAAAUGCGAGAACAAAGAGAGAUUUCUUUAUUAUCCUUAUGUUCAAAUUCACAUCUUUACAGAGUAUACUUAUUUUUAGCAUUUGAUGCAGUUGCCUUAAAAACCUGACGCCUCGGGUCAAACAGUUUGGUUGUCCUUCCUCAAGAUUCUCGCAAUAGCUUUCUGGACGCUUGGCCCAUUUCUCCUGGCAGAACUGGGUCUGUUUCGAAAAGCUGCUUCGUUCAUACACACAUUUUCAGCUCAACUCACAAAUUUUUUUAAGUGAACUCAGAUUAGGGUUUAAACAACUGGCAGAUAUUAACCAGUUUUACAGCCACUUUGGAGAUGUGCUUGCUAUCGUUGUCCACUUGGAAAACCCUAUUUGUGCCUAAAUUUGAACUGCAUGGCUGCUGUCCAGGGAUGUUGUUUUUUGAAAGUUUCCAUGCAAUGUUUUUUUUAUUCGUGAUUUCAUCUAUUUUUGUAAAGCACACCAGUCCCCCUUACUGCAGAAAAAAAAGUUCCCAAUUUUCCUUCCAAAUGUAAUGUAAUUGUAGCCAAAUACUUCAAUUUUUUUGCUUCAUUUUUUUGACGUCUCAAAAGACCAAGGUUGUUUUUGUUUUUUUAUCUCUGAAAGCGUCAUACGGCGUACGCAAACAUUUGGUUUCAACUGUGUCCGUCUAAAAUCAAAUUUUAUUUUUCCUUUAAAUCUGCUUCUGCUUUGUGCAACUUAUC